AUGUCCACCACCAUUAUCACCCCAUUACUACUAUUGGCGCUAUGGGUGGUUCCCCAGGCUUAUGCCCAAUUCUCUGGCUUGGGAUGCUUUUCUGAAUCUGACAUCUCUUCCUUCUUGUCUCUGAAAGGCUCCUAUACUUAUCAAUCUACGGGCUAUUGCCAGGACCAAUGUUCGGGUGACAAAGUGGCUGCUUUGCUCAAUGGCCAAUAUUGCUACUGUGGUCUGACUGUGCCUUUAAGCUCUUUAGAGGUAUCCAACUCCAAAUGUGACACUCCUUGUCAAGGUUAUAACAUACAAACUUGUGGUGGUGAUGGAUACUUCUAUGUUUACAUUAACGACGACGUAGAUGGUUCCACUAUGGCGUCUUCGAGUUCGUCAUCACCUCUGGGACUGCUGUCUUCUUCCAAAUCAGCAUCUUCUACGGAUGCGAGUCUGACUUCUCAAUCUCCAUCCUCCCUGGGUGGGAGUCCUUCUACGCUGUCCUCCCCUUCUGCAUCGAAACUGGACUCUGUUAAUAGUUCGUCAAAAUCUGCUAGCAAAUCGCUGCCUACCAGCUCCGAUGCUGAUAGCACUACUAAGUCCAACAGCGAAGUGACCUCCGCACCCGAAUCAGGUGCAAUUGUUGUCACAUCGGCAACCACGGUUACCAGUGGCCCAGCUAGCCCGUCUAUAAUAGAGGUCACCACAACCAUCUCGUCUUCAGCCUCCAGUACUGCUAAUAGCAACGAGAGAACUCACAAUGGUUCAGGCUCUAAAAAUUCCCUCUCUGGUGGUGCUAUCGCUGGUAUUGUUAUAGGUGUGCUCGCUGGUGUUGCAUUGCUUGCAGCAAUUGCUUUCUUGUUUUGGAAAAGAAGAAGGGAAGAACCUGCGGAAGAGGAGGACUUUUACGACGUUGGUGGAGUACGGCAAAACGGCUUUGAUGGCGUCAACCCAAAUCCUUACAUUGAUGGAAGAGGUACGGCAGGAGCUCUUGCUGCAAGCGGCCUUGCAGCACACGACCAUCACAACUCAAACACUUCCAGGUCAUACUCCUCCAAUAACGAUGAUGUAUUCUUUUUUGAUAACAUGAACUCCCACAGAGGAGAUGACGCUCUACGCCCGCCGGAUUCGGAGGAGUAUGGCCGUCGUCGCUUGUCAGACGGGUCUCUACCAGAUAUGGUUCAACGGAACCCUGGGUCUUUGAAGGUGGUUAAUUAG